GUAGGGCAAAGGCGCUAGGGCGGCCGAUAAGGCUGUGGCCAUGGUGAUGAAGGAGAUUCCGAGGGAGGAGUCUGCAGAAGAAAAGCCCCUCCUCACUGUGGCAUCCCAGCUGGUGAAUGAGCAACAGGAGAGCAGACCCCUCCUGAGCCCCUCCAUUGAUGACUUUCUCUGUGAAACUAAGCCAGAAGCUGUUGCAAGGCCUGUAACAUCGAAUACUGCAGUAUUAUCAACAGGUCUGGAUCUCUUGGAUCUUAGUGAACCUGUCUUACAAACCCAAAACAAAGCAAAGAAAUCAGAGAAUCCUUCAAGAAGUGAAGGCUUAAAAGCUUCAGCCCACAGAAAGAAGACAGAGAAUCCUGACCUGAUCAGUGUGGAUUCUGAGCAGAAAGUCCAGGCUGUCAGAGUUGCAGACAAGUCUUCUCUAGAUUUAGUUGAUAUUCAGACACAGAUAGAGAAAUGGGAUGAUGUCAGUUUUCAUGGAGACAGGAGUAGCAAGGUCCACCCUUCUGCAGAGCGAACAUCAUCAUCAUCCAGAGCUCCAUCAAAAGAGAUUUUAUGGUCCACAGAAAACAGAUCACAGUCUGAGCUGACUAAUGUCAAGAGUGCCUUGGACUCUGAUUCAGCAUCAGAAUUAGAACUUGCACCUGCAAUACAGGCACGGUCAAGUAAGGAGCAGCGUUGGGGAACACCUCUUCUCUCCAGAAAUCACUCCUUGGAGGAGGAAUUUGAAAGAGCAAAGGCAGCUGUUGAGUCUGAUACAGAGUUUUGGGAUAAAAUGCAAGCAGAAUGGGAAGAAAUGGCUCGCAGAAACUGGAUUUCAGAGAACCAGGAAGCACCAGGGCAAGUCACUAUCUCAACCAUUGAGAAGGGUUAUUAUUUCCACACUGACAACCCCUUCAAAGACUGGCCUGGUGCUUUUGAGGAAGGACUGAAGAAAAUGAAGGAAGGUGACCUGCCUGUUACAAUCUUAUACCUGGAGGCUGCAAUUCUCCAAGAGCCCAACGAUGCCGAGGCCUGGCAGUUCCUGGGUAUAACACAGGCAGAAAAUGAAAAUGAGCAGGCAGCCAUCGUGGCCCUCCAAAGGUGCUUGGAACUGCAGCCAAACAACCUGAAAGCUCUGAUGGCCCUGGCUGUGAGUUAUACCAACACUGGCCAUCAACAAGAAGCCUAUCAAGCCCUGAGAAACUGGAUAAAGCAAAAUCCAAAAUACAAGUAUAUAGUGAGAAGCAAAAAAGGGUCCCCAGCACUUACCAGGAGGAUGUCUAAGACAGCAGAUGAAAGCUCAUUACUUGAAGAAGUAAAGGAUUUGUACCUGGAGGCUGCUCACCAGAAUGGUGAUAUGAUAGACCCUGACCUGCAGACAGGACUUGGGGUUCUUUUUCACCUGAAUGGAGAAUUUAACAGAGCAAUAGAUGCAUUUAGUGCUGCUUUAACGGUUCGACCAGAGGACUAUACAUUAUGGAACCGCCUUGGGGCAACCUUGGCAAACGGGGAUCGCAGUGAAGAAGCUGUGGAGGCCUACACACGAGCUUUGGAAAUACAACCUGGCUUCAUCAGGUCCAGAUACAACCUGGGGAUAAGCUGCAUCAACCUAGGGGCAUACAGAGAGGCUGUCAGCAAUUUCCUCACUGCUCUCAGUUUGCAAAGGAAAAGCAGAAAUCAACAGCAGGUUCCUCACCCCGCUCUAUCAGGCAAUAUUUGGGCAGCACUUCGGAUUGCUCUGUCUAUGAUGGACCAGCCAGAACUAUUUCAAGCUGCCAACGUGGGUGAUCUAGACAUUCUCUUAAGAGCUUUUAAUCUAGAGCCGUAAUAAAAA